AAAAUAUCUCACUGAUAGUGACAACGUGGCCGAAAAUGAACAACACCCGCUAGAGCCUUCUCUUGCUGGGAAUUAUGUUCAGUGUACCGGGAUAUGUCGUGAACGGCUGCCCCUUGGGCGGUCAGAACCCUGUUCAGCGUAUACGUACAGUAUUGGAGGCACAGCUGGCAGAAGAUCGCAUGACCAAUCACGUCAUCACCCUGACCGACCUCGAAGAUGCCAUAUAUCCGACGCCCGAUACAGUCAGUUUCCCUGUGGGAAACUGGAAAACGUUUUUCUGUGAGGUUGCCAAGCCGGAACUGGCGGAGCGGGUCGUCUGGCGCCACCAUAACGCCACCAUCCACGGUAGCGCAGUGCCGCCCUCCCCCAAAGGCCACUACUAUCGGCAGACGACCAUCGAAAACAUCAGCUACCUUUUUAUACACAACGUCAGCCGUGGCUCAGGGGGGACCGUGGAGUGUCUAAUGCCCUGCGCCGGUGACCUAUGCCACCUGCGCACUUACUACCUGCAGUCGGAGCUGCGCGCCCGCGAUAUCUUCGUCCCUCCGAUGCGCAACGUGUCCACGCCGUUGUGGAGCUCCUCCAUGACGUGCAACGGGAGCGUCGACUGUAGCCAGACUCAGCCGGUGUCCCUCUUUAUCUGGAAGUACGACGGCUACUUCGUGGCGGCGCCGUAUUCAGAUCUGCUCGGUUGGCCCGUUCCCGGUCUACUCAACGGCUCCGUCACCUUCGACGCGUCAACUCAAGGAGCUCCUGAUCCCUAUUGCGCCAGCACGCUGACCAUCACCAUGCGGGAGGAGGCCAGUCCGCGAUCUGCGCGGGUGGACUGCUGGAUGCGCACUGAUGUUCGCAGCCGCGAGUGGCUAGCCCAGUCGGCGCAUGUCCACUUCGCGCAGCUGCAGUAUUAACCAUUGUCCAUCGAGAUCACACCAUCGCAGUACCACCAACACGUGCAAGGUGACAAAGGAGCGUUUAAAAUUUUUUGUUAAAUGUAGUCGUUCUGGUAGUGGUGCCAGUUGCGGUUAUCUACAAAUUCAUAAAUCGCUACGUCUUUAUUCCAAGAAAUUUGACUCCUAAUUCGAGAUUCAAUUUUUACAGUAACUAUCGUUUUUUUAAAAAAUAGUUUGUGACAUCUAAGUUCACCGAAUGUGGUUUUAAAAAAAGUUU